AUGGCAUUGGCCACACUACGGUUCAUCGAGAAAUACCCUGAACUGUACAACGAAGCAUUCCCACUGAGCAUCGACCUGGGACCGCCAGACGUCCCGCCUCAACUUCCGGUCAAGCCACCGUCGAUUCCAGCAGGCGUCCAGAAACCAUUCUACGGCGCGGGGUUCUUUAUUAACAAUUGGUAUCUGCGCGGCCACUUGCAGAAGAUCGGGUGUCAUGAAGCUAUCGUGCUCCCAUCCCAUGUCGGGAGGGAUUGGCGGAGACGCCAGUGCCCAGAACCGUUCAUCGUCCCCUCCAUACUUCCCUGCGUCCCUCGUGACGCGUUCAUUUAUUUCGUCGAUGAAGACUCACCUCCACGGGAGGUCCAGAAGUUCCUCGCGCACCGGGAUAGGAUCCUAGACAUCUUUUCCGAUAUUAUGCAGUUCACACCGCAGGAGGCGGCGUUUGUUAGGAAGAAUGUCAGGUGGUACCGACACUCGUAUAGGGAUGAGACGCUUCCGCCUGACAUUUGUCUUGAUCAGGCUUCGUUCGAGGGUGGGGAUUUCAUGUUGGUAGGGUAA